AUGAAAUCGCAACGAAUAUGGACGGUCGAGGAGAAAGCUUUCAUUCUCAACUACACCGACGUAUGCAUCGCCGAAGGCCACGAUUUCAUCAAAUCAGUCCCAAAGGAAUUUCGGAAAUUGUCGGACAAGACAUUAGCAGCUGUCUGCUUUCCUAGGCAACUGCACAGAUUGGCGUUACGAUUUUGCGUGGAGCAGCAUAAAGAGGGAGCCGACAUGAUCGCUAACGGAACCAAAUACCUGGAUAUAUCAACACUGCCUGAAGACCUCAAGAACGCAAUGAAUAGCCAGCGUCUAGAACUGGAGAUGAAUAGCUUGGAUGAGCGUGAGGAACGCAUAGCUUCAAGUAUUCAGGAUAAGAACCCUGUCCACGAGGCUACAGCAAUGUCUUCUGAGGGAACGCAAUCUGACUCUUCAGGAUCGGAAAAGAGACGAUACUCGUCGUCAAGUUAUACACCAAGCUCAAAGAAACAUCGCUCUCUUAGCAGCAACCGCACGCCCAGACUUGCACCACGAACUGCCGCUCCAAUAGCCUCUCAAGGAUUGACUCCUAUCGCGCCAAACGUCGAGAGCGCGACACCUAAGAUAUCAGUCGAUCCACCCCUGGAUCAAUCUUUCUUGGACCGUUUGGAACGCCAAUAUAGCAAGACAUUAGUGGGAAAUGUAUCAGACAUCGUGCGUAGCAGACUCACCAGUGUUCGGAGGAUCAUCGAAGAAGAUCCAGCUACCGCAUUUGCAAAGGUAGUUGAAGUCCUGGCCUCACUUGAAGAACGCUGCACUAAAAAGGACGACUUGCUUAACGAUUUGUUCGGGCCGCAAGAUUGGUGUGCAAGUGUGACAUUUCCUCCAUUGCCUUCGUCACACGAACUCGAAAAGGAAUGGAUAGCCAUACGGUAUCAGAUCCAGUGCGCCGCUGGCAGCAUCCUACAAGGUGAACUAGACGCACCACAUAUUGCGAAUUAUGUUGGCCGUGGCAUUGAAGACAUCGUUAACUACGAAAUGGUCCUACCCGGAGACCUCCCCAGUUAUAUCCAACAGCUGGUUCUACCAUUGUGGAGUUCUCAUGCUAUGCAGGGGAUGUUGAGUGCUGUACUGGUCAUUUCACUGUUCGGAACCCCCGACCCAAUGCAUGAGGUAGGGAAUUGGAGAGUAGACACCAAGAUCCUCGAGAUUGUGGCACAACUUGCAGACGCCAAAGCAGAGAAGCAGCUAGACCAUGCAAGCACCAAGCUCUUGUUCGACGACCAGGACUACCAGGACACGGUGGUGCGUCCUCGGGUCGAUACUAUUGCGCAGCUCUUGUGUCAAUGUUGGGAAGCUAUGCGUCCCAGUGAUAGCGUGCCCGUCACUAUUGCCGGGGCACACUCGUGGUUAAAACGUGCUGUUAAGCUCAAGCAGGACAUGGUCGUCAGCCCAGAAGAGUACAGAAUCAUUUACUGUCGGCCUGGAAUGCUAUACGACCCUACUUGGAUGCGCGCUGAAAAUGGAGAUGGCGGUGCGAGCGAGGUCCCAUCUGGAGCGUGUAGCGACCGCCCGGUCCUGACGUGCCUAUUUCCCGCACUUUUUCUACUGCCUACGGACAUGAAUGUGGACACGCCAGUCACAAUCAGAACGUCGCUGUCAAGCUUGUCAUUGCAACACGGAAAUAAUCUUCAGCCGGCUAGCCAACCACGGCGUCUCUGCAGAUUCACUCUUGGCCUCGCAUCGUGCUUGACAAGCUACAUGAUGCAUGCCAGUUACUCUCCAGAUGCGACCACGCUCCUCGAUGUACUCGCGGCCGUUGCCACUUUGCCGCAGUUCAUCACGAUCGGUACCCAAAAGGGGCGUCCGGCUGCAGUACCACCAGCUGUCCAGGAGACACGAGUUUUUUUCUUCAUAUUAGAAGCGACUUGA